CACGUGGGCGCUGUUGAGUGACCCAGAAUGAACUCGUUUGUUUUCACUGCCUUAAGGAGAUUUCUAAACAUCGUGAACUCCAGCAGGCGUUUUGCAGAAGUAGACGAAGACUAAAGGACUAAAACGGUUGCUGUGACACUUCAUUCUACGGAAGACGGCGGAAAUACACGACCUGUCAUGCGCGGUGUUUAUUCGUUCUUAAAUCAAAGCCGAACAGACUUUAGCGGUUAGCGUUGAUGCUAAUGCUAACAGCUGGCACUAUAAACAUCUAAGCCUGUAUUUUUCUGCACUUUGACCUUUUGUACAAAAUUGGGUCUCGAAUCUCAUCCGGUUGUCUGCAAGCAAUUUAGCAAGCCACACGACUGCUAAUAUAUCCUAUUGGAGCAUUAAUGUCAUCAUGUUAUUUCUUCUAGAAGCUAGCUAAGUCUCAACGGUGUCAAGUCUCCGGGUCACGUGAGAAUUUCUAUUGGAACAUUUACGGGUGAUAACAAACCUCACCUUUUUUUUUUUUAAAGAAGAAGAAAUUCAGUUAUUGUUAUUUUUUAUGCCAUGCUAUUUUUCAUACCGGAUCCCUGACGUUGGAUGAUUACGUCACACACGUCAUCACUUCUUCAUCUUGGCUGUGAAGACUCACCUGAGCUCUCAGGCAGAUUUGUGAGAGUGCUGAUGAAGCUGACAGAGGCAGCAUGGCCAGCUGCUGGAAACCAACACAUUCUUCUCUGAGAUGCUUCUUGUUGUUGUUGUUGUUUGUGUUGACGGUGGAGGGUGCAGGCGUCGAGGUCAGAAACACCUCAGUGCAGGUGAUGCAGAAAGAUGGAGAGUUUGACAAGAGCUACAUGGACAAUGUGACGAGUGAAGUGCAGAUCAUCUAUACCUUCAACCACACCGUCACACGCAACAAGACGGAAGGGGUUCGUGUGUCGGUGGAGCUGCUGUCAGAGAACACUAAGAGCCCUGUGUUGUUUGUAGUGAGGCAGAAACAGGCCGUGCUCUCCUUCCAAGUUCCACUCAUCCUGCGAGGCCUUUACCAGAGGAAGUACCAAUAUACGCAAGUGAGACGAACUCUGUGCCAGCCCCCAACGCUCGCCCUCUCUGAGACCCAAUUCUUCUACGUGGACGUGUCCACUCUGUCCACCUCCAGCGUCCAGUACCAGCUGCGGGUCAGCAGGGUAGAAAGCUUCACGCUGCAGACAAAUACGAAGUUCAGCUUCAAUGCAACUCCGUCCCAACCCCAGUUUUUCAAGUAUGGGUUUCCGGAUGGAGUGGACACAGUUAUUGUGAAAGUAAACUCAGAGAAGAACUUCCCCUGCUCCGUUAUGUCUAUUCAGGACAUCCAGUGUCCUGUGUAUGAUCUGGACAACAACGUGGCCUUCAUUGGGAUGUACCAGACCAUGACCAAGAAAGCUGCUAUUACAGUACAGAGGAAGGACUUUCCCAGUAACAGCUUCUACGUGGUGAUCGUGGUGAAGACAGAGGACGAGGCGUGCGGCGGGCCGCUCAGGUUCUACCCCCUCUCACCCGAUGAAUUGCUGGAUGCUGGAAACCGGAGCAAAACUCUGGAAGUGGUCGUUUCUCCGGCCAUCGACUCCGAGGUGUACAUUAUAGGAAUGCUGUUCUGUCUCGGUAUCUUCCUGUUCUUCUACGCAAUGACCUUCAUUUUGGCCUGCUUUGAAAACAAGAGAAUGCACAAAAAGAGGGAGGGGCUUCUGAACCCAGCUGAUAUGUCACCGGCGGAGACAGCCUCUCUCUUAGGAAAAACGCCGGCUUCUCCUUAUGAAUACGGAUCAAUUGCUGAUAACGCCAGCACGUUGAGCUCAGGACCUGCGACAGACAGUUUGGCCUCCACUGAAGCCAAUUAUGGAUACAUGGAGCGCUCACUGGACACAGUGGGUCGCUGCAGACAGGAGUCUCUGAGCUCAGUGGAAGAGGACGACUACGACACCCUGGCUGAUAUAGACUCGGACAAGAACAUCAUCCGCACCAAGAAGUACCUGUGUGUCUCUGAUCUGGCUCGGAAAGACAAGCGCGUGCUGAGCAAGAAGUACCAGAUUUACUUCUGGAACAUUGCCACCAUUGCUGUGUUCUACGCUCUGCCCGUGAUCCAGCUAGUCAUCACAUAUCAGACGGUUGUUAACGUGACAGGAAAUCAAGACAUCUGUUACUACAACUUCUUGUGUGCGCAUCCUCUAGGGGCUCUGAGCUCAUUCAACAACAUCCUGAGUAACCUUGGUUACGUGAUGCUCGGGCUGCUGUUCCUGCUCAUCGUGCUGCAGAGGGAUGUCGUACACAAGCGUGCACUCCUGCGCAAGGAAGCAACAGCUCUGGAGUGUGGCAUCCCCAAGCACUUUGGUCUGUUCUAUGCCAUGGGUACAGCUCUUAUGAUGGAAGGGUUGCUGAGUGCUUGUUACCACGUCUGCCCCAACUACACCAACUUUCAGUUUGACACAUCGUUUAUGUACAUGAUCGCCGGUUUGUGCAUGCUGAAGCUAUAUCAGAAGAGACACCCAGACAUCAACGCCAGUGCCUACAGCGCCUACGCCUGUCUCGCCGCAGUCAUCUUCUUCUCCGUGCUUGGAGUAGUGUUUGGGAAAGGCAACACAGCAUUCUGGAUCGUCUUCUCAGUGCUGCACAUCCUGUUCACUAUGUUGCUCAGCACUCAACUCUACUACAUGGGCCGCUGGAGGCUGGAUUCAGGGAUCUUGCGCAGGAUCCUUCAUAUGAUCUACACAGACUGUAUUCGCCAGUGCAGUGGACCCAUGUACAUAGAUCGGAUGGUGCUACUUGUGAUGGGCAACAUUGUGAACUGGUCUCUGGCUGCAUAUGGUCUGAUUAAAAAGCCAAAUGACUUUGCUUCGUACCUGCUGGCCAUCGCCAUCUGUAACCUGCUGCUGUACUUUGCCUUCUACAUCAUCAUGAAGCUGCGGAGUGGUGAACGGAUCCGGUGUUUGCCGUUGGUGUGUAUUGUCUUCACAGCUGUAGUCUGGGGCUUCGCUCUUUUCUUUUUCUUUCAGGGACUAAGCACCUGGCAGAAAACCCCAGCAGAGUCCCGUGAGCACAACCGCGACUGCAUCCUCCUCUCGUUCUUUGAUGAUCAUGACAUUUGGCACUUCCUGUCUUCAAUUGCCAUGUUUGGCUCCUUCCUGGUUCUCCUGACGAUGGAUGAUGACUUGGACACGGUUCAGCGAGACAAAAUCUAUGUCUUCUAGCACCUUAUUGAGUAACUAUAGAAAUGUACGUUCUUCGCCUGGUUGCAGGUGUUAAACAGUUGGGGGCGGGGCUCCCGGUGGAACAUUGAUGCUGAUAGGACAAUAAUGUCCCACUCAAACCUGCCACAUUAUCACAGCGCUGGCUGAGACUGCAAGGUUCAGAGCAAGCCUCGGAGCAAAGAGAAGAAACCUGCCAAGCAAACAGCAAUGCAUUUACACACCGCUGGUGUUUUCACUUGUAUGCUGAGUGUGUGUGUGUGUGUGUGUCCUGUCAACCUGUGGCCUUCUUUGUUUUUGAUCUAUGGUCCUGUGGGAUGGAAUGUAAGCUCACUGUACUUGACUACGCUUUUUCUAAAGAUGAUGAUCAUGAAUGAUGUAGAUGAUCAUGAGUAAUGAUGAUGAUCAUGAGCGAUCUACUUUGGAAUCUACUUUGUAAUGUCUGUAACAAAAAAAAAGUAAUGGUUUUAAUGACAGACAGUUGCUGAAUAAAGUAUUUGUAAGUUUUUCAAUACUGUGAAUGUUGUACCACUACCACCUUAUUUACACAACUCGAAUUAGCAUUUACUUACUGAUUAAGGAUCAAAAUAUGAUGCUAUCUUUACUAAAAGUGGGCGGAGUUUACUGUUACCACCUUGAAGUCUUUCCAGUAUUAUAUUCCACUUACACCACAGUCAUUUUCAGACGUCUACGAAAGAAGUGAGUUCCUGUUCUGACUUAGACAAAUUGUUAACACUGGAUAUUCCCUCCCUAAAGGGGGAAAUAAAGAUCUUAUAGAAAACUUUA